AUGACGUACAGACCCGAGCAACAAGUUGCACUAAGGCAGCAGAACUGGUAUGGUGUGUCAUGGUCUUCCUUUUGUGGAGGAUCUUUAAUUACACUGAGAUAUGUACUAACUGCUGCGCAUUGCUUUAUAUUUUCAGAUAAAGGAACUAUGAAAAAUCUCAAUAACGUAAGAGUGGUUGCUGGGACAAUUGAUAAGUCUGCAUUGACAAUUCUAUUCAAACCUGCGCAUGAGCACUGGAGGCGCAUACAAUAUUUCUAUAAACAUGAACUAUAUAAUCACACGUAUUUAAAACAUGAUAUUGCUAUAUUGCAGGUAUCGAAAGACUUCAUCGUAACAGAAACAGUUCACCCAAUUCGUUUACAUUCAUCAAAUGAAGACACAUUACAGGCAAAUGAUUUAUGUCUAGUUUCGGGAUUUGGAUUGAAAGAAGAGAAUAAACCCGCACGCAAGCUAGAAAUGGUUUGCGUACCUAUACUAUCAAAGAUAUAUUGUGAAUGGUUCUAUAGUUCACGAUACUUGCAUUUCUCUGUUUUGUGCGCUGGAGCACAAGGAAAGGAUUCUUGCCAGGGGGAUUCAGGUGGACCACUUGUUUGUCAUGGUGUUUUAGCUGGGGUCGUCUCUUGGGGUGGAACCUGCGGAGUGCAUCCUGGAGUCUACACUAGUAUAUCUUAUUAUACGUCGGGGCAUAACGUACCGUUUGUGAAAAACUCAUGUUAUACUCUAUACAAUAUUAGCGUUAUUUUAUUUUAUAUAAUAUUUUUAAAGAGUUGUUUUAUGUGUAAAAAUGUAACUAAAAUUAUGGAAUAAAAAAUAUUUUUAUAACAGCGCCACCUAUGGGGAGAUUGAUGAUACUUGUAGCAAUAGCUGGUCGUAAACGUAAGGCGUAA